AUGUGUAAACAUAUACUUAAUGCUCAAGUUUCUAUACGUGCUCCUUGUUGUCAAAGAUGGUACGAUUGUCCACAAUGUCAUGAUGAUGAAAAAUUAGGACAUCGUUUAGCCAAAACUACUGAACUUUCAUUAGCAUGUAAAUCGUGUAAAAAAGUCUUUAGAAAACCAAUUGAAGAUUUCGAAGAUGCAGAUGAAUAUUGUCCACAUUGUGAUAAUCAUUAUGUGAUUGAAGCUAAAACUCCAAGAGCCAUGAUUGGAGUAGAAGGAGGUGAUUCAAGAAUCGAUGGUAGAGGAUUAUCUAAUAGGGAUGAAAGAAUGGUAGAUUUAGAAAAGAAAAGAGCAGAAGAAUUAGCCAAGUUAUGGGAAGAAGAAGCUUCUAAACUUAAUGCUUGA